AUGGCCAAGACACUACGUGACUACUCCACUCCGGCUGUUGCCAAUGUGCCGACUGGGCCAGUUGUCAAUAUGGGGAAUGGAAGCUUCAAGAUCCGCACUGGCCUCAUCUCUAUGGUGCAGGAAAGCCAAUUAUAUGGCCUGCCAAGCGAGGAUGCCAACGCCCACCUUCAGAACUUCCUUGAGCUUUGCGACACCGUCGUCAUCAAGGACGUCGUGCAGAACAGCAUCAGGCUCCGUUUGACCAGCACUCUGAGGGGGAAGAUCUCUAACUUCCAGCAGUUUUCACUUGAGUCCAUACCCGAAGCAUGGGAGAGGCUCCAGGAGUACAUCCGAUCCUAUCCUCAUCAUGGAAUGGAAGACUGGCUUGUGCUCCAGAACUUCUACGAAGGACUCACGACCAUGUCAAAGGGGCACGUAGAUGCCGCAACUGGAGGUGCAUUCCUUUCUGUCACCAUUAACGAAGCUACUGCCCUUAUCGAGAAGAUGGUGGCAAAUCAAAGCUGGGGAGAAGGAAGCAAAACACAAAAAGGCUCGCAAUCUGCGAAGGAGGCAGAUGUGCUUGCCGCAAAAAUAGACCUACUGCUGCAAAGGAUGGACAGACAAGUUGCAAAUCCCAACAUGGGCACCGUCCAAGCAGUGAACUCACACACAUCGUGUGAAGUUUGUGGUGAUGAUGGCCAUUCGGGGAACAAUUGCCCUGAAACCCAAGAAGAAGCAGCAUAA